GUAGCACACUUAAGUGUGCAUAAAUGACGAAACAAUUUUGACAGCUGAAAUAAAUUUCCCAACGUUUGCUAAUCAACUUGGGUUACCUUUUCGCUAACGGCACAUUCGCGUGUUUGUUUUGAUAGAAAUCUGAUAUGAUCGACAUUUCAAGGGAGUGCCAAAAUAAAACGUAAAAUCCUGCUGUUUCGUAAGUCGGAAAACUGCAAGUAUGCCCCAAGGAAGAAGAAAGGUUCCGUUCAGCGGAAAACAGAAGAAGCAACAGCUUCUGGUUAAGAAACAGGCCAAAUCGAGCACUUCCCAUAACAUCAUUCGAAAGCUGCACGAUGAGGAAUCAAGCGAUGUCAGCGAAGAUAGCGAUAUUCCAAAGUCAUUUCCUGAUAACGUGGAAAAAAUUAAUAUGCAACCCAUGAAGGAUCCCCGCAGUAAAACCAACCGGUUCGUGCUGCAAUUUCAACGCGAGACGGGCAAGCAACUCCGUGAGCUGAAGGAGGAAGCCAGAAAUGCACUUGUGCCGUGCAGCGAAGAGGAAAUGGAACUGGGGGACAACUACUUCGUGGGAUACGAUUUUCCUAAGCGACCGAAAUGGACCUUCGAGAUGUCCAAGGAGCAAUUGGAUGCUAACGAGAACCGGUACUUUUUUAAAUACAUCACAUAUCUUGAGAAGACUCACUACGAUGACAUGAAAUCGUUAAGUUUCUGCGAGCUAAAUUUGGAGACCUGGCGUCAACUGUGGCGUGUGCUUGAACUGUCUGAAAUGGUGCUUGUGAUUGUGGAUGCGCGAUUUCCGACCCUAAUGUUCCCACCCUCGUUAUACCACUACGUGACGGAGGAUGUGGGUAAGCGCAUGAUUUUAGUAAUGAACAAGGUAGACCUUGUCGAACCUGAAGUAGUGCUUGCUUGGAAGCGCUACUUCGAGGAGAAAUACAGAGAUAUCAAGAUUGUGCUUUUCACGUCUUAUCCUUCGUACAACUUGCGUGGCAAGCGAGAGAAUAGUCAAGGUCUGAAAAUACGUCGCCGCAAAGGUCGAAUGCGUAUGGCUGCCGAAGGUGCUCAACAGAUCUAUAACAUCUGUCAGGAGUACGCAGGCAACGACGUCGACCUGAGCUCGUGGCAGCAGAAAAUCCUCGAAGAGAGAAGUGCUCCCAUGGACAUAGACGGAGAGGAUGACGAACCAGUGGAGUCAGAAGGGGUUCACGAGGAGGAAAAAGAUUUCUCGUUCGAGGAAUUAGUAAGAUUCAAAAAUGGUGUGCUAACCAUUGGAUGCGUAGGGUUUCCUAAUGUGGGAAAAUCAUCUCUCCUCAACGCAGUAAUGGGCAAAAAGGUCGUUUCGGUCAGCAGAACACCGGGUCAUACGAAACAUUUUCAGACAAUAUUCCUCACGAACACGGUUCGUUUGUGUGACUGUCCCGGCCUGGUGUUUCCAUCUUCCAUCCCGAGAAGGCUUCAAGUGCUGAUGGGAAGUUAUCCAAUUGCCCAACUUCGUGAACCGUACGCAUCGAUUAGAUAUCUAGCCGAGCGUCUGGAUCUACCAACUCUACUCAACAUGAAGCAUCCGGAAAAUGAUGCGAGCGGAGGCUGGUCUGCGCUCGAUAUAUCUGAUGCGUGGGCAAUUAAGCGGGGCUUCCUAACUGCGAAGACAGCAAGGCCUGAUACAUACCGCGCUGCCAACAGCAUUCUGCGAAUGGCUUUGGACGGGAAGAUUUCACUCUCCUUGAAACCAAUUGGAUUUCAUCGGAUGCGCGAAAGUUUGCGGAACGAUCCGGAACUGGCACUCAUCAGUCAAAUCCAAGCCCUGUCUGAUAACAGCACAAAAGAGGAUGAUGAUGACUACCUGUCGGACACCGAUACGGAAGAUAUUGCAGGCGCCGCGAGCAACGAUGCCGACAAUGAGGAGGAUGAGGAGGGUAAUUCGAUGCUGUCUCCCGUCAGCUCCAGCACGGCUAUGGCCAAUCCCUUCUCCUUGCUCAGCGGCAGUCCGGAAUGAAUGACGCGCCUGCGAGAAUAGAAGUUUUAUCAGCAUUUUUUACCUAUACGCUUUUCAUAUUUUAUGGAACCAAUGAAGUGAUUACAUCGUGGUACGAAUACUGAGAGGUAGCACCAGUUUGUUAUACAUAUAUAUAUAUUGUUGUUUCACCGUUUGUAAGUCUCUAUGCAUUUCUAUAGAAAGAACACUAUUUUGCUCAUGCAAUAAAAUUUAAAGCUCGCACAGAAUGUCGUUUU